AUGAUCACCUCGCUCGUCUUCUUAAACACGGUAUUUUCACUGUGCUCCCAGGCAUUAGCAGCCCAAAUCAACAUCACCAGCACCCAGGGCCUUCUCUCGUCCAUACGGCUGCAUUGUGGAGUGACACAUCCAGGACCAACUCACACCACCGCUAGCGCCGAGUCCGCGCAGGGGCCCUUCUACGCGGCCUGCGUAACGCCGACGACAACUGCACAAUCGACCCCAAACUGUCACUCGUUCAACACAACCUCUGCACAGAUUUUCUAUUUAAUCGGCCGACUCGAAAGGCGUUGCUCCUCGCAAUCGCAGCUUCGUUGGCAGCUCGUCCUCAUUAUCAGGCGCUUGUUCAGAUCCCAAUCGCUCGAUCCGUCUUCUUCUAUCACUAGGUUUAAUAUUCUCUUCCUCAGGGUCCUCGAACUAACCAGUGAUACUGAUGCUCCAGUAUCUACCAGGGCCCUAACCUUCCUGCCUCCCAGCAAGACAUUGCAGGUGAGAUCCGGCCCCUCCUUCAGCAAAUGGUACACUCGGGCCUCCCUUCCAUCUUUCCUAUUCGUCUCCCUUCUGGACCACCGAGAGGCGGGGGCCAGCAACGGGGGUUCCUUAUUUCUUCGAGGUCCCAUUUCUCGUCUGGGGGCCUCUCUGGCUGGGAUGGGUUCAUUUCUAUUCCGGCCGGUUCGUCUUAGGGGAUUCCUUCCCCUGUGGGGGCAGUAUCUAUUCCUGCAGCUCUGUUGGGUCGCCCCUAAACGAGGGCAGUCUCAUGCCUCCGAUCAGUCUGCGGAACACCAUUGUAAUUUCGGGAACUCCCGCUUCUCCCUGGUCGUCUCAUGCAAUGUUGAAGAAAUCGAACACAACAACUGUACACUGGCAGACUUGCGUGCGACAAGCGAACCGAGGGCCAAAAAAGUGACUUACCUUUCUCUGCUCUUCGUUUUCUUGUUCUCUCUUCUUUCUCUCCUUCUCUCUCUCUUUUUUUUCUUUUUCUUUUCCCGAGCCUUUCCGACCGAUAGAAUUGAGCUCUUCUCUCUCUCUGCGUCCUUGGCAAAUCCACGGAUCGGAAUCAUGGCACAAGGCAUCAAUUCUAACAUCUUCGUCUGCACCCUACGAUAUAGCAGUCUGCUUUCUCACAGAUUUGUUGAGGAAGUUAUCUGGAUUCGUAUGGGGUCUAUUUCUAUCUCUUGGUUUGGAUCGGUCUUCUUGACGCAGGACAAGACCAGCAAAACCAGACCAGCGUUUUCCGCCGCAUCUCUCCGCUCUCAGUCCGCGUUCUCUGUCCGCGUUCUCUCCGAACUGCGAACUCACUCAAGCGUGCGGGCAGUUUACAUAGAGAGAGGCGGAGCUAAACCAUCUUUAGGCACCGCCCCGAAUUUUAAUAUGCAAAUCGCUUAUUUGACCACUUAA